GGCGGCGGAACCAAUCAGCGAGCCAUUCUGUCGUCGGCUUCGCCGACUUCGCUGUCGGGAAGAGAUUUCCUUCCCUCCCCUCUCUCUCACCUCUCACCUCUCUCCUACUCUCUCUCUCUCUCUCUCUCUCUCUCUCCGUGUCUUCCCUGUCUCUCUCGGUUUUAGAAUUGGAGUUACACGUCAGUCAUCAUGGCUCACAUACGGCACUCAACGGUUGUUUCUAAAAAAAUAGAAGCUGUUAAUUUUGGCUUUUUCUCAAAGGAGGAGGUGCAUGCCGUCAGUGUCAGACAGAUUGUGUCUUCUCUUCUAUUCGACAAUCUCAAGAACCCAAUCAUAGGGGGUCUUUAUGACCCGGUGAUGGGUCCAAUAGAUCAUCAUGGGAGUUGUGCCACUUGUGGGUUGGGGUACAUGCAUUGCCCUGGCCAUUUCGGCCACAUCGAUCUGGCGGUCCCUGUUUAUAAUCCGAUGUUGUUAGGUGUGCUUGUAAAGCUGCUCAAGAGCAAAUGUUACAACUGUCACCAUUUCAAGCUGCAUGAGAGUAAGAUAAACAGGUACGCAACGCAGCUAGAACUUUUGGCGCAGGGGCGCGUGGUGGAGGCGUUGUCCUCAUCGUUGACUAUGACGAGAAGGAGAUCUAACAAACAACUGGAGGAGGUGGAUGAAAUGGACCUCGGCGACGAGAGUGACAUGAAGACUCAACUUCAGACAGGAGGGGAUGUUGGCGACAAACGUGGGCUGAAAGCGGAUAGAGGGAGCGAUAGGUGGAGCAUGCAGUGGACAUCGCACACGCUCGGACUUGCCAGAAUGAUCCUGAGAGAGUUCUUCAAGAACAUAUCGGGCUCCAAAUGUGAAAACUGUGGUGCGCAUAACCGAGAAAUCAAGAAAGAAGGUCCUUUGAAGAUUUUCCAGGUUCCACUCGGUGCAAGAGGAGAGAAGGGGAAUGCGGCGAAGGGCAUUGUGCUGAAGGAUGUCUUGUCGAAUAUUCUCCAUGAUGGCGACGAGGUCGGUCAACUUGAGGAGGAGACAGUGGAAAAAAAUAAGGAACGGAAAAACAUUGACGACGAGGAUGGUGACAUGGACGAAGAUGAUGGGCAAGUGGCGUUGACCUUGGAGGCGCUGAAGGGGCAGCCUCGACCUGGGAAAGGAGGGGAGGGGAAAAGUCCUAGAUACAUGACCCCAAUCGAGGUAAAGGAACACAUGAGGCUGCUCUGGAAGGCAGAGUCACGAGUAUGUAGCUUGAUUUGGCCGGUGUACACUCCGCGAGGAACUAAGACCAGUGACCACUCAAUGUUCUUCCUAGAGGCGAUUCUGGUGCCACCGAAUCGUUUUCGCCCUCCGUCGUACUUGAAUGAAUCGGUAUUUGAGCACCCACAGAAUGCAGCGCUCAUGUCUAUAAUCAGUGCAAACCAACAUAUUCAUUCAAUGGCUGGCAAGGACCAAGAGAACAUUUCCAGUUGCAUCAGACUUUGGCUUUCACUUCAGAACAUGGUCAACUGCCUUAUUGACAGCUCAUUGGCCACCAAGAAGAAUGAGGCUCCUGGAAUCAAGCAGGCAUUGGAGAAAAAGGAGCGUUUGGAGAAGCCAAGCAAGUUGGCGGUGGCAAUUGUCUACAGGCGGCAUCCUGAGACUCUUGCUGUGGACGGCAGCCAUAGCCGGCCUUCUGAAGGUUGCCGGAGCUGGGGCAUCCUCAGCGCAUCUACCCCUGAGGGUAUUCUGAGGAAGAAGAAGAAGAAGAAGAAGAAGAAGAAGAAGAAGAGGAAGGUCCGAGAGGGGCAGAGGAGAAGUGGAGGCGUAGAGAAGAGAGAAGGGGGCGGAGGUGAGUCCUCCUGUCCGAGCCUUGCUGUCCAGGUGCUACCUGUGAUGGCAAGGUGUGACCUUGGCGCUGCUGAAGGCUGGCGGCGAAGACCGGAGCUAUGGACGCUCCUGCAGCUCGAGGCACUGUUUUUUUUAAGGUGUAGGUUUUUCUGUUGUUUCUGUUGUGUUGCUCCUGGCGCUGUUGAUAACAGCGUGAACGAGAUUGGCGUUCCGCCGGUUUUUGCUAAGAAGCUAACCUUCCCUGAGUAUGUCACGCCGUGGAAUGUUGGGGAUUUGCGGAAGGCUGUUGAAAAUGGUGCAGAUGAACAUCCUGGGGCGACUCACAUAGAGGAUGAGAAUGGUCGCGUGUUGAAUUUGGCGAAUAUGCCCAAGCAUCGCCGCAUAGCAAUUGCAAAGGCGUUGUUAUCGAGGCCAGGGGUUCUUGCAGGUGGCGGAAUUUCAGAGUCGCACAGACCCACGACAUCCAAAACUGUGCACAGACAUCUGAUGGAUGGUGAUAUUGUACUCGUUAAUCGGCAGCCAACUCUACACAAACCGGGAAUUAUGGCGCAUCAGGUGCGGGUUCUGAAGGGCGAGAAGACACUGCGAAUGCAUUAUGCCAACUGCAACACUUACAACGCUGAUUUUGAUGGUGACGAAAUGAACGUCCAUGUUCCUCAAGAUCAGCAAGGGCGAGCUGAAGGAUAUGAAAUUGUCAAUGCAGACGAGCAGUAUAUUGUCCCAACCAGCGGCAAUCCCAUUCGGAGUUUGAUCCAGGAUCACAUUGUCAGCUCGGUCUUAUUGACGAAAAGAGAUACCUUCCUGACGAAGAUGGAAUACCAUGAACUGGUGUACACUGCGUGUAUACCUCCGCAUUCGAGGGUGCAAAUGCUGGGCAAUAGAAUCGGCAUCGUCGAUUACGAGCCAUUGAUCGACAGCGUGCCUCCGGCGAUUCUGAAACCUCGACAGCUGUGGACAGGGAAGCAAGUGAUUACAACCAUCAUUAACCAUCUGACGAAGGCCCUUCCUCCAUUCUCAUUGAAAGCGGGCACAAAGGUGCCAGCUGAUUAUUGGGGUCGUGGGAAUGCAGAGGACCAAGUGUGUCUGAUCGAGAACGAGCUUAUCCAUGGUGUCAUUGACAAAGCACAGUUUGGGAAAUACGGCAUGGUACACGCCUUCCAAGAACUCUAUGGCUGUAAGAUGGCAGGUCGAUUCUUGUCAGCGUUGAGCCGUCUUUUCACAGUUUACCUGCAGAUUCAUGGCUUCACUUGCGGAAUGGACGAUUUACUGCUCGUGCCUGUAGCGGAGCAGAAACGGAGAAAGAACUUGAGCUCUGCCGAUGGCGUUGGACUGCAAGUCUGUGCAUCCUUUGUCAACUUUGAGCAGCGGUAUGGGGGUAAAUUGCCCAAAG